AUGCAGCAGAGGAUGGGGGGACAGGGAUGGACUUGUCCUUGUCCUCCUGAAGACAAAGUGCAGCACAGUGGAAGCCUCUUCUCAGGCCAUUGCAUUGGGGACUGGAUGUUUUUGGAAUUACCACUACAAGAAAAAAAGCAGAAAAUUAUGCUCUAAUGAUGUUCAUACUGACACUUUGCAUCCUGUGUCCUGACUGAGCACAAGUAUUAACUAAGUUGGCUAAUAAUUAUAGAUCCAUAAUACGGGGGGUAAUUUCAGGGUAAGAGUCACUAUGUGAGUAGUUUGUGAAAGUACUUGGACAAUGUAACCCCGUCACAAUUUAAGGGGUUAGCCUAAUUAGGUAGCGAUGUUUAUUGGAUCGAAGAACUCAAUACUUGCAGUUGUGAUAACUAAAUGUGUUUUCUUGCGUUGAGAUUUAGUUUGCAAGGAGUAGCCAACAUUGUUACCAGAUUCUGUCCUUCAUGAUCACCUUCUCCGAAAAGUGACAUUGGUUUGCUAGCUAGUUCGCAAGCUCCCUCGCGAUUAAGACCUAAACCAAUGUAUACGAUUACCAAAGCCAAGUUCCCGAGCUACUGGCUAAUGCCUACAGACAAAGACCAACUAGCAAGUCUUGGCUCACCGCUGCCAAGACCCCGCAGGGCCCUUCCAACUCGUAGUCCUCUUAGCAGCGCCGCCAUAUCCAGCUGCUAACAGAUUUUUUUAGACAUCAGACGCAUCAUUUUUACGCGACUCUCUUAAGCAGCACGUAAUAUACGUCAUUAUUUUGACCGGAGAGGUAAGUUAGCAGGUCAGCUAACGUUGACCGAAAACCUUUUUGCCUUAUUUAAUGUUCAGAAAGUCUCAAAGUCAAAGCGGAAUUACCACACACUUUUUGUGAAUCUGCAUAGCGAAAACAUACAUUUUGAUGUGAACGUUUUGUCAGCUGUUAGCUAAACAACGUUAGCUACUAGCUAACUUUUGCGUCAAGCCGCUACCAGCUGUUUGGUAACUUGUCACAAAGAGAAAAGCACAUUUGAACGUCUUUAAUUAAACGAGACAACAAGACAAUGUUGAAAACGUGAUGUGCUAAAAUAGGCUUGAUGAUGUCUGUAUGACUGGCAGUAAGUACUAUGCCAGAAACGUUUGGUUUCUAGUCGGUUCUAGAAUAUUCCAUAUUCACGUGUGUUCUAUUUACAUGGUAGCUUGGGUACCAGUCUCUUUAGCUAAUCCACUCUCUGUACUCCAUGUAAUGUGCCAAAGAGAUUGGCCUUUCUGCAUGACCUUAUUCAUUAUGUCCGUCCUGUCUCCCUGUAGCGCUGUUUUAGGCGUCUCACAAUACGGACUUGCAAUUUAUUGCCCUGGCCACAUCUGUAGUCCUCAUGCCUCCUUGCAGUAUGCCUAAUGCACGUUCACGCAGAUGAGCAGGGACCCUGGGCAUCUUUCUUUUGGUGUUUUUCAGAGUCAGUAGAAAGGCCUCUUUAGUGUCCUAAGUUUUCAUAACUGUGACCUUAAUUGGCUACCGUCUGUAAGCUGUUAGUGUCUUAAAGACCAUUCCACAGGUGCAUGUUCAUUAAUUGUUUAUGGUUAAUUGAACAAGCACAGGAAACAGUGUUUAAACCCUUUACAAUGAAGAUCUGUGAAGUUAUUUGGAUUUUUACGAAUUAUCUUUGAAAGACAGGGUCCUGAAAAAUGAAUGUUUCUUUUUUUGCUGAGUUUAUAUGAUACUCUUACCUAUGAGGUUGCUACAACCUAGCUUACAAAUUAAAGUUUAUAACGUAGGUGCACAUGUCGAGACAAAUUGGAGUAAUCAAGGUGACAGAUAAUGACACAUUCAAUACCGCCUUGCACACUCUUGCCUGCAUCUAGCAGAUCUAGGGUGUAAUCAUUAGUCCAAACAUUUCUGUUUUGCAACCAAAACGAGAGUUUCUAUUGGACAAAUUCAACGUAGGUCUAUCCCCGUUUGUUCCGUUUAAGAAAAAAAAAUUAUCCAACAGAAUCGACGGAAUGAAUACACCCCUGAUCGCCCUCACACAGUUCACGUUCAUAUCAGCCACAUACAAACAGCAUCAUCACUUUGCUUGUUGUAUAAUUCCUUCUCGCAUCUACGCACUCUCAUCCUCUCACCUAUUUCCUUCGCUUGUGGACUUCAGUGCACAACACAACAGCUGUCUGUGAACAGAUUUAAAAAAAAAUCCAAGCCAAACCUUCAUACCAUAAUCACUACACACAGUCUACAUCGUUGUCACCAUAUUAGGUAACAUUAUUGUCAACAUAGCGACUAGAACUAACGCGUUAAUAAACCCACUACAAUCAUCCAGUACAGUGUACAGCAAACAGUUUAGCAGUUACACCGGCGGGCCCCGGUGGCAAUAAAUUAAUAAAACCGAAAGCUUACCUUGACUUGGAAGAGUUCCAGUGUUGGAUAGCCUUAGCCAGCUCACUUAACAUAAAUGUAAUACCUCUCUAUUUGAGCCAGAUGUUUGAAUAGGCUAAAUUAGCUAGGUGUAUUAGUUAGCUAAGUAAGUGAAAGUGAAACAAAUUCAACAAAAUCUCUCUCUGCUGCUGCUUCUCAAUUUUUGAAGAAAUGUAUUUGUUCAAAACUGUUCAAUACUGUUCAAUUGUUUCUCUCUAUUUGAGUCAACUACUCACCACAUUUUAUGCGCUACAGUGCUAACUAGCUGUAGCUUAUGCUUUCAGUACUAGAUUCAUUUUCUGAUCCUUUGAUUGGGUGGACAACAUGUCAGUUCAUGCUGCAAGAGCUCUGAUAGGUUGGAGAAUGUCUUCCGGAAGUCGUCAUAAUUACUGUGCAAGUCUAUGGAAUGGGGUGAGAACAAUGAGCGUUCUAGGUUUAGUAUUGAAGUCAGAGGAGGACGGAAAAUAGCUGUCCUCCAGCUACACCAUGGUGCUACCCUAGAGGGUGCUGUUGAGGCUACUGUAGACCUUCAUUCCAAACAGUAUGUUUUAAUCCAUUAUUUGGUGACGUGAAUAUAUCUAGUGUAGUUUUACCUAAAAAGGGUAACUUUUUUGUUUCAUUUUUAUGAAAUUCACUGAGUAGGACGGUCCUCCCCUUCCUCCUCUGUGGAGCCUCCACUGCUUUCUGCCAUCUUCAAAUAUGAACAUUCUAUCAUUAAUGAGCUCGAGGAGAACUGAUUCGAUUACCCUUACAGCUAUCCUCAAAUUACAACGAUAAUGCAAAUAUUGGAAUAUUUUUCUCUCCACAGAACAAGUUGGAAUAGCAAUCGUUUCUCAAACUAAAUAGCUACAUACUGCAAUUCAACCAGAAAACAGCUUAGUUUAGAGUUUAAGCCUCAAAAUACAACAACUUGCCUAGCUAAGAGCUAAAUGUUUUUGACUUUGGCAUCUUUUUAGAACCCCACUUUCUGACCUGAAGAUCACUGACGUCAUGAUUUGACCUAGUUUUUUUCCCGAGUUCACAGAUGUCUUGAAAGCGCCAUCAGACUAGAUACAUGGUGCUUUCAAGACAACUGGUAACACAGAAACAAAUGAGGUCAAAUCAUGAUGUCAGUGAUCUUCAGGUCAGAAGGUGUCACUAGCUACCACAACCACAGUCAUAAAACCCUGCCUAUUUCUUGUUUUUCACCUUAAGUCGGAAACAUAACCUUAACCACAUCCCUAAUCUUAGGCCUAAUCUUAAAUUAAGACCAAAAAGCUAUUUUUACCUGAAUUCCCAGUUGUCUUGAAUGCACCAGGAAUCUGAGACUGCCAUCAUUGAAGUCGUUUGUGGUGAGGAGGGGCACAAGGGCAUUGUACAAAACAAAGACAUCGGCGAUUGGAUCGUCUCUAACCAAUCAGAGUAUCAAAGCCAAUGACGAAUUUGCUUUGAGGGAACUUACUCAGCCUGACCAAGUUGGACCUGGUUGAAAGAUUCCUUGCAACGCUUUACAUUAGCCAAUCUGUAGCGGUUAUGGAGCGUCACAUAUCCCGUUAUAACAACCCCUCCACAGUUUUCUUAAUCUUAUCUCGUUAUUUUUUUAUCACCCAAGUUUGGUAGCCUAUGCUGUUGGAUGGCCAUAGGCAUGGUUGUUCAUGCGGUGGUUAAAAUGUUUCACUGAUCAAACGCUCUCAUAAAAUGUCCACGGCAACACUACGGGACCAAACGAGUUGGGUACAGGGAUAGACAUAAUUUGUACAUGCAAAUCUGAUUGGAUACAGCGUUUGAUUAUUGGAAUAUCAGCCUCAAUUUAAGCUUUUUUCUUUCUGAGGGCUAAUCGGGGACAUUUCCGGGGACAGCUCUAGCCGGGGACAGUCUGGUCACCUUACACUAAUUAACCCUAAUUCUUAUGUCUGUGUAACUGAUGCAAGGUGCUGGCUGUAACCAAUCCAGAACAAUUGUUAUAUCCCAACAGAAGUCAGUAAAGCAUUCUGUAUGGAACAAGGUUUCUUUAAAUUCUUUCUCAAUCUUCAAUCUACGACUCAUGAGACAGCUACUAUCAGGUACCGCUAAUCUAUUUGGUGGGCGAGUUUACUCCUGUCCCCAACACGUGGUGUCUUAUCAGCAUGACAGAUACAGUGCAUUCGGAACGUAUUCAGACCCCUUGACUUUUUCCACGUUUUGUUACGUUACAGGCUUAUAUACUGAAAUGAAUUAAAUUACUUUUUUUCCCUCAUCAAUCUACACACAAUACCCCAUAAUGACAAGGCGAAAACAGGUUUUUAGACAUUUUUGCUAAUUUAUAGAAGAUAAAAAACAUAAAUACCUUAUUUACAUAAGUAUUCAGACCCUUUGCUAUGAGACUCAAAAUUGAGCUCAGGUGCAUCCUGUUUCCAUUGAUCAUCCUUGAGAGGUUUCUACAACUUGAUUGGAGUCCACCUGUGGUAAAUUCAAUGAAUUGGACAUGAUUUGGAAAGGCACACACUUGUCUAUAUAAUGUCCCACCGUUGACAGUGCAUGUCAGAGCAAAAACCAAGCCAUGAGGUCGAAGGAAUUGUCCGUAGAGCUCCGAGACAGGAUUGUGUCGAGGCACAGAUCUGGGGAAGGGUACCAAAAAAUGUCUGCAGGAUUAUAGGUCCCCAAGAACACAGUGGCCUCCAUCAUUCUUAAAUGGAAGAAUACAUUUCCUUUAGCUGGCCACUUGGCCAAACUGAGCAAUCGGGGGAGAAGGGCCUUGGUCAGGGAGAUGACCAAGAACACGAUGGUCACUGACAGAACUCCACAGUUCCUCUGUGGAGAUGGGAGAACCUUCCAGAAGGUCAACCAUCUCUGCAGCACUCCACAAAUCAGGCCUUUAUGGUAGCGUGGCCAGACGGAAAUCACACCUUAGUAAAAGUCACAUGACAGCCCGCUUGGAGUUUGCCAAAAUGCACCUAAAGGACUCUCAGACCAUGAGAAACAAGAUUCUCGGGUCUGAUGAAACCAAGAUUGAACUCUUUGGCCUGAAGGCUAAGCAUCACAUCUGGAGGAAACCUGCCACCAUCCCUACAGUGAAGCAUGGUGGUGGCAGCAUCAUGCUGUGGGGAUGUUUUUCAGCGGCAGGGACUGGGAGACUAGUCAGGAUCAAGGGAAAGAUGAACGAAGCAAAAUACAGAGAGAUCCUUGAUGAAAACCUGCUCCAGAGCGCUCAGGACCUCAGACUGGGGCGACGGUUCACCUUCCAACAGGACAACGACCCUAAGCACACAGCAAGGACAACGCAGGAGUGGCUUCGGGACAAGUCUCUGAAUGUCCUUGAGUGGCCCAGCCAGAGCCCGGACUUGAACCCGAUCAAACAUCUCUGGAGGGACCUGAAAAUAGCUGUGCAGCAAUGCUCCCCAUCCAACCUGACAGAGCUUGAGAGGAUCUGCAGAGAAGAAUGGGAGAAACUCCCUAAACACAGGUGUGCCAAGCAUGUAGUGUCAUACCCAAGAAGACUCGAGGCUGUAAUCGCUGCCAAAGGUGCUUCAACAAAGUACUGAGUAAAGGGUUUGAAUAUUUAUGUAAAUUUGAUAUUUCAGUUCUUAAUUUUCAAUAAAUUGGCAAAAAUGUCUAAAAACCUGUGUUUGCUUUGUCAUUAUGGGCUAUUGUGUGUAGAUUGAUGAAGAAAACAAACAAUUUAAUCAAUUUUAGAAUAAGGCUGUAACGUAACAAAAUGUGGGAAAAAGUCAAAGGGGUCUGAAUACUUUCCAAAUGCACUGUAUGUUCUGUCCGCUCGGGUAUCUCCAUUUUGGGAGGAGGUAGUUAUGGGACAGUGUCCGCAGUCUGUGGUGGUUUCUUUGGAUCGAUUUAAUUGAAAAUGCUAGUAAGUGUGUUAAUAUAUUGACUGUUGCUCUGUUUGCAGGAGACCAUGGCAGAUAUUGGUGUAAAAGCAGGGGAUAAGGUGCUGUUGGUGUGGAGCCAGCCCUCAUCCCCAACAACCCUGAAGGAGCUGGCAGAGAGUCUAGGGGCCAUGGUUGGCUCUGAGGGCCGAGUGUCACUGGAGAAUAUGGAGAGACUUCUAAUGUGUGAGUGACCCUUUCCUAAGGUUCUGUUUCAACAGUUGGCCAAUGCUAUAUCAAAACUCAUGCAUGUCUAGGUCUGAUAUUCUAUGCACUUGUUAAAAGGCAUUGGAUUGUAAAACUGCACCUGCUACUCCUUGUCUAACGAUAAGGUGAGUCACCAAUAGGCCUGUUCAUCCUCUCCUUUCCUCAGCUUCACAUGCAGCAUCAACUUAUGACUGGGUCCUCUCAAGUCUACUCUCUGACAGCUCUUUCGUUCACACCUCAGAGACGCUAGCAGAGAUGGCCAGAGUGAUAAAACCUGGUGGGAAACUAGUUCUAGAGGAACCUGUUACAGGUAAGAGGGGUGGCGAGAGCAAAGUCUCCAUGGUCAUUAUUGAGGACACAUAGUAAAGGACACUGUUUCUUGACACUUGAUACCUGUCCUUUUUCUCAGGAACUAAUGACCAACAAGUGAGGACUGCUGAGAAGCUUAUGUCAGCCUUGAAGUUGUCUGGCCUGGUGUCUGUGACUGAGGUGAGUAAACCAGCACUGGAAUGGUAAAUAUCCACUCCUCCAGGUUCUGUGUACACUGACUAAUUUUUUGUUUACCAACAUUGGCAGAUCAGUAAAGGACCCCUGACCCCAAAAGCUUUUUCUGCCCUGAGGACAUCUACAGGCUUCCAGGGGAACAUUCUCUCCAGGGUGCGCAUGUCUGCUUUUAAACCCAACUUUGAGGUGGGCUCCUCUAGCCAGCUGAAGCUUUCCUUUGGGAAAAAGACCCCAAAACCAGGUAUGUGGAGUUCUCCUUUCUUCUGUUACCAUUUCAAACUUUUCCUCUUGCCUCUGGCCUCCCUUUAAAAUGGUAUUCAUUUUCUUGUUGCAGAAGACAAACCUGCUCUUGACCCCAAUGCUGCCAAGGCAUGGACCCUGUCAGCCAAUGACAUGGAUGAUGAUGAUGUGGUGAGUGUUUGGUUGUAUUUGUGUGUAUAUCUAUAUGAUUUAUGGCAUUCGAUGGGUGUCUCAAUAUGCCAUUCCCCUGUCUCUUCAGGACCUGGUAGACUCAGAUGCUCUCCUGGAUGCAGAUGAUCUCAAGAAGCCAGAUGCAGCCUCCCUCAAGGCGCCCUCCUGUGGUGACGGAACAACCAAGAAAAAGAAGGCUUGCAAGAACUGGUGAGAAACACCCCUCACCCUUUCUUUGGUUACAGAAAAGAGGGCUCAUCCAGACACCAACAAGAUCGCUGGAGUCAUAACCAAGAGACAUGAGUGAUGAAGUUCAACUGAUUAUUGAAAAUGGAGAUAAUCACACAUGGUUGCCUUGUAUCAUUUGUCAUUACUCCUCCUAUGUAGCUCUUGUGGUCUUGCUGAGGAGUUGGAACAGGAAAGCAAGGGUGCCCAGAUGAUCAGCCAGCCCAAGUCAGCGUGUGGAAGUGUGAGUGUCACUCUUUGCCCAUAUGCAACCAUCAUACUGUAGCUUUCUAUCCGUGUCGGCACAUGUAUCUUUGUGAAGCCAGUUUGUAAUUGUUGACCUUACCUUUUUAUCUGUAUUUCAGUGUUACCUGGGUGAUGCCUUCCGAUGUGCCAGCUGCCCGUAUCUUGGGAUGCCUGCCUUUAAACCUGGGGAGAAGGUUGUCCUGGCCAACACAGGGCUAAAUGAUGCCUAGGAACA